CCGAAUCGAAUUUAGUCGACGGUUGACUUUCAAGCGAACAGGUUUGGGAUCGGAGUUUUGAACCGUGUGCGGUACCUUCUUUCUUCUAGAGUGUGAAAAUCAGUGGAAAUUUGGGUCGCCACUCACACCGGAACGGUCGGUGGGAAAAACAGUGCAGUUUGAACUGAACCUUGAAACUUCAGUGGUUACGUACACAGCUCGAAGGGCAACUACGGGGUGGUAUUUUUCCGCCUAAGUCGAUUGUGUUGACAGUUUAAGAUCUCAAUAAAUCAUGAGUAACAAUGGACCGGGGGUCACGAACCCCAUGCUGUACGAUCCCCCGGAGGGUCAGGCCUCCAACAGUAAAUUGAUGCAGUUUGUAGCCGGCGUUGGAGUAUCAAUCGCCGCCAUCAGUGCAGGAACCGCCCUUGGUUGGACUUCACCAGUUUUGCCACAACUGGCCCUUCCAGAAACUUCGCAGAAUGUAUCCGUUACUCCGAGUCUUAACAGUAGCAACAGCAACGUCACCGAUUCCGGCUUCUAUCUCACAGCGGAGCAAGGUUCAUGGGUCGGCGCGUUCCUCGCGGUGGGUGCCUUCUGCGGUGCCCUCCCUGCCGGCUACCUGGCGGAGAAGAUCGGUCGCAAGUACACUACCAUGUCGCUGGCCCUGCCCUACCUGGUUAGCUGGGCCCUGAUCAUCUUUGCCACCGGUACCGAAAUGCUGUACGCCGGUCGGUUCGUGAUCGGUAUUGCAACGGGAGCGUCCUGCGUCGUUGCACCGAUGUUCAUCUCGGAGAUUGCGGAAACGUCCAUCCGUGGAGCGUUGGGUGCCUUCUUCCAAUUGUUCCUGACGGUGGGAAUUCUGUUCGUGUACGCCAUUGGCCCGUAUGUGUCCUGGACGACGCUCAGCGUUCUGUGUGCCAUCUUCCCGGUGCUACUGAUUGCGGCAAUGCUGGUCAUUCCGGAAAGCCCAGCCUAUCUGGUGAAGCAGGGUCGUCGCAGUGAUGCCGCAGCGGCGCUCAAGUGGUUCUGGGGAGCAAACUGCAACACACAGAGUGCCGUCGAAAGUAUUCAAUCCGAUUUGGAUGCGGUCAAGGGGGAAGCCAAGGUUUCCGACCUGUUCACCAAGGUCACCAAUCGGAACGCUCUGGUCAUUGCACUGCUGUUGAUGUUCUUCCAACAGUUCUCCGGUAUCAAUGCGGUCAUUUUCUACACGGUUCCGAUCUUCAAGUCGGCCGGAAGCACUAUGGAUCCGGCUAUCUGCGGUAUCGUCGUCGGUGUUGUCCAGGUGCUGAUGACCUUUGUAUCGUCUGUGUUGAUCGAUAAGGCCGGUCGUAGGAUUUUGCUGCUGCAGAGCAGCUUCAUCAUGGGUUCUUGCCUGAUCGUGCUGGGAGUGUACUUCAAAUUACAGAACGACAAGGCGGAUGUGUCCGGCAUCGGAUGGCUCCCGUUGGCUUCGGUUGUACUGUUCAUCGUUAGCUUCUCGCUUGGCUUCGGACCGAUUCCAUGGAUGAUGAUGGGUGAGCUUUGCGCACCGGAUGUGAAAGGACUGGCUUCGGCCUUGACGGUCAUGUUCAAUUGGUCGCUGGUGUUCCUGGUCACGAAGACCUUCGGCACCAUGCAGGAAGUGCUGGGUUCGGAUUGGACGUUCUGGUUCUUCGGCUUCUGGAUGCUUGUUUGCACGUUGUAUGUGUUCAUCAAGGUUCCGGAGACGAAGGGAAAAACGAAUGCCGAGAUCCAGGCGCUGCUCGGAGGAAAGAACUAAAUCAUGAGACUG